AAAAAGUCAAAUCCAGAGAGAGCAUGAAGUGACCCCCCCCCCUCGGGGUAUCGAGACAGCUGAGCACGGUGAAAGCCUCGUCUUCCCCUCUCGCCUUUCUUCCUCCUUCUCUUCGUUUCUCUGUCUGUUGAAUGGAGUAUUGAAUGGAGAACAGAUCUCUUUUUUCUAGGAAAAGGCACAAAAGGACAUGGCUGCGGCUCCCUUUCUCGGGAGGUCAGACACCCUUUGUCGCGGGCAGUGAAAAUCGAGCAUGCAACCAGCGAAGGCAGGUCUUCUUUUUUCAGUGAGGCCGCGCGACAAAGGAUUUUUUUCGAGGAAUUCGUCUUCUCUGCCAGACCAUUCUUCGAAAAGUCGUCUUCUUGGCCAGCGAAGACCGCCUUCCUCCCCGCGGUCGCUGAAGGCCUUUCUGGAAGGUUCUCUCGGCCCAAUACUUUGGCCGCUGUCGCGGCUUCCAUCUCGCCGCUUCUGAAUUUACUUUCUAGAAACAGUCUUCUCGUUGUUCAUGAGCUUGUCUCAGGAGACCAUCUCUCCUGCGAAUUACUCAUGUAGAUAUUGUCCGUUGUGUUUCCUGUGUCUCUUCGUCUCCCUCUCGGUAUCUCUCCGUCCUCUUCUAGUCGUCUGUCACCAACUUCUUGCCUCCCCUCUCCGUGUCUCGCGUUCUUUCUCCCCGUUCUCUCCGACACUGCCCGCCUUUUCUGUUCACCAGCUUCCUUCUUCUUGUCCGCUGUCCUUGAGCUCCUUCUCUCCUCUGUUCUCCUGGGCUUUUCUUCCUCUCGCUUCUCUUCUGUUUCUCUCUUCUCGCUGGAACGAUGGCAGAUCCGCCAAGCCUCUCUUCCUCUCCUUCAGUUUCUGCCUCGACUGCGUCUGCGGUCUCCUUUCGCCUGCGUCCCUCUCCCCUUCUCUCUGGAAAGAAAAAUCCUCGUCCUCCUCUCUCUGAAAGCUUCCCCUUUGCAGCAGCAGAAGAAGAUGAUGAAGAUGAUGAUGAGGAUCAAGGUGGAGAAGAGGACCGCGAGAAGUUUCAGGCGAGACAACAGACUAAAGAAAGAGCGGAGAGAGAGGAGGGACAAGCGAAGAGGGAAGAGAGUGGAAACGAGAAGGACGAACAGCACAGAGAAGAAAACAAAGAAGAAGAAGAAGAGCAACAGGUAGAAGAAAAGGCAGAAGAACACGAGGUAGAAGAAGAGGAAGGACAACAACAGGUUGAGGUGACGGAGUCGCAGAAGGAGGAGAAGAAAGAAGAUCCGUCGGAUUCUCUUGGAGGACGAGCUUCAGUCCUUUUUGUGAAUGAGGAGGAGGUUCAGGAGGAAAUUCGCCUCCUCGAGUUCCAGGUGUCAUCAUCUCUCGGUCCAGCUGCCGUCGCUGUGGAACGGAGAAGGAAAGUACAGAACGGAUAUGGAAGAGAAAACGCGAGCGCAUGCGGGCGAGAAGCUUCGGAUCGAGGCAGCGAGGCGCUUCUGAAUUCUGCAGGAAUCGUCGAAAUGCUGCUGAAACAUGACAAGUUCCGUGCGCGUCCAAAGCUUGUGUUCCAGAACGGCGAGUACAGACAGGAGGAUCCGACGGAAGACGAACUCGCUGCAGACCUGGCGCGACUGAUGCGCGACUCUCCGCAUGUCGUCCUUGAGAGACACGGGGCCUGCCUCGAAGCGGAGCAUCUGCGGUUUUUCAAGGAGAAUUUUGCGGCCUCGCCUGAAGUUCAGUUCUACGUCAAGUCGCUCUCGGACAAGUCCUCUCUGGGACAAAGCGAAAAGACGGCGGCAAACAGACGCCUGGCGAAGAUGCGGCAACUCGUCGCUGACGGAGACUUUUUCUCGGAGGCGGCCAUGCAGGCCAGACAGCCUGCUUUGUACCACGAGUUCCUGGGGCGUUAUACGUCGAUGCCGCAUGCGACGCAUGCCUCUUCACCUUCUUCUUCACCUGUCUCUUCUUCGUCUUCGACUUCGUUUUUGCGGCCUUUUCGCGCUCCGGGGGGCUCGGCUUCUACGCAGCUGCCUGCAGCGUCCAGUCCCCAGGAACCUCAGCAGAACGAGGGAAAAGACUUCUUUUCUGCCCAUCCGCGCUCGCUAAGUUCUUGUCUUCUCAGCGCCAUGGAUAGCCGCAUGCUGCGGCGCCAGGUGCAGGAGGAGCGCGACCGCUGGCGAAGGCAAGACGAGGAACUUCUCGCCAACAUCGACGGCGGCAGGGCGUUGAAGACGCUUCGAGAGGAACGGGAAGCUCGCAGGCUCCAGCGCUUUCUUCAGAGAGAAGAACACCGCGAGAGACGAGAAGAUGAGGAGGAAGAGAGCGAGGGCAUCGAUAGCGACUUGGAGACUGAGGAGGACGAAGAAAGCACUGACAAUGUCAACGGAGAUCAUCCAGGAGUCGCGCCUGCUGGAGGGAAGAGACGCAGGCGAUUCGUCGACGCUACCACUUACGCUCAGAAACAAGACGACUUCCUUCUGCUCAUGCAGGAGAACUUUCUUGCAGGUCGCGAUGCGCACUACAUCGACUACAAAUCCAUUGACCAAGAUGAGGCGCUUGAUGAUCUCCAGGAGGUGGAUCGCGACGCGGAAGAAAAGUACUUUUGCGGCGAAGACGAGCCGACGGAGACAGACGCGGAAAAACGACCACCGGCUUGAGGCACCUGGUUGAGAAGGAAACAUCGUUUUGGACGCGCAAAAGAAAUCUCUGCAGGCAUCGAGGAAUUCGAUUCAGUUGUGGCUGCUCCCGUUCUCUGGCGGGGAGAGAGCACCUGUUCGUGGAUUUCUUGGUUUCUUCUCCUUGAGAGACUCGCUUCUCAACUGCGUUUCGUGAGGAUUCUUUUCUGUCAAGAAAUUCAUGGGAGGCCUCCAGUUUUCCGACUGCGCGUCUUCGACGCGGCUCGUGUCACCGACCUUCACCCCAACAACUCGCCUAG